AGUAUCUAUGAUUACUGUAAUGGAUCCCUCUUUAAUUAUCUUUCCCUUUCAAGUGUACACACCAAUUGGUUCUCGAGAGCGCAGAAAUGGCGGAGAGGCAUCAAAGCCCUGCGGCGGAGACGAUUCCCGGUACACCCGUAAUCCGGGAAGUGAGAACCGGAUCCGGGUCCGAGAAUUUCAACCCGGAGAGUACAAGGAGAGGAGGACUGAGAGCUGAAAUCGACAUUUAUUCACCGUUAUUUAGUGGUCGUGGGUCUCGGGUUCCCUUCAAUAUUGGAAACAACUACGUGAGUUCUCUUCUAAUUUCCGGUUUGCAAAGUCUGUUCAUUUCUUUUAGUACGAUGCAUCUGUGAGUAUCAAUGUCAUUGAAAGUUUGAAAUGUAUGUUCUUGAACUGUCAUCAUGUAUUAAUAAUUGAUGGCUAAUUCGAUUUGGUGAGGUUUUAUGCUGACACUAAGUAGAUAUUUUGUGUAAUGAUCUAUCAUAAUGGACAAUCUUGUGUUAAAAAUGUGGACAGUUUCAAGUUCGUCUUGAAUUGUUUGCGUUGUCUCUGAGAUUAGCCAGAAAAUGUUAUGUUUAUGUUUUAUUUUGAUAGGCAAUUAAUUAACUGAUAAUUGGUGU